AUGGCAAGACAGAAUAAAGAAAGCAUAAAGAAUGAUACACCAGUAUUUUACAGGUUCAGAAACUCAGUGUCAUCAUCAGCAGAUCAUUCUCUAUUUGUUCGCAAAGCUAAUUCGUCAUUCACACCACUGUUAGUUUAUGUGGAUGAUGUUUUGCUUGCGGGAAAUGAUUCAAAUGAGAUACUUCGUGUUAAGAACUUCUUGGAUAACAAAUUCAAAAUAAAGAAUCUUGAACCAGCUUGUUAUUUUUUGGGCUUGGAACUUUCUCGUUCUUUUAAAGGAAUUGCUGUGAAUCAACGUAAAUAUUGUCUUGAGUUACUUCAAGAUGGCGGAUUGUUGGCUGCCAAACCUGCAACUACACCUUUUGAUCCUUCUCAGAAAAUGCAACGUAUACAAGGAGAACCUUCUCAAGAUGCUACAUCCUACAAACGUCUUAUUGGUCGUCUUCUCUAUUUGACGACCACAAGACCAGAUAUUGCCUUCUCUGUACAACAAUUAAACCAAUACGUUGUUAAUCCUAUGCAGUCCCACCAUAUCACAACACUCAGAAUACUACGUUACUUAAAAUGUUCUACAGGGAAAAGAUUACUCUUCCCUGCAAAUAACAACACCCAUGUUUCUGCUUUUGCUGACGCAGAUUGGGCAUGUUGUUUGGACACUAGACGCUCCAUCACUGGCUUCUGCAUAUUCAUUGGAUCUGCUCUAGUCUCAUGGAAAUUGAAGAAACAAAGCACUGUUUCUCGUUCUUCCACGGAGGCUGAAUAUCGAUCUUUAGCAAGCCUGACAUAUGAGCUCCAAUGA